CCGAGUAAAGGGACAACGAGAAAAAACACAACACACAAAGUUUGGUCCUGUUGCUUAGAAGCGUCCAGGCGCCGAAAUCGUGAUCUGAGACACCGGUGUGAGACUUGUGUGUGUUUUACACUGGAAAUCUGCACAAAAAAGACGGUCUACAAGGUGUUUAGACAACAAAAACAACGCUCAUCCUAAUAAUAAUAAUAAUAAUAAUAAUAAUAAUAAUAAUAAUAAUAAUGAACUGAAUGCAGUUCUGUUUUAAACCAAAACUUUUGACUACAGCAUUGAAGGCUUCACUGGCAUCUGAUGGCGUUCUGCUUUGCUGAGCUGAACCUGUGGUCCUCAAGGAGCAGUCUGAAUGUGCAAGAUACAGAUAUUGGAACGUUCCAGUUUUAUGAGAAAGGGGACUCAGUUUUUCCUGCAGAUCAGCAUUACUACAGUGAGAAGCAGCACUUUACAGAGACACGAGGUUACCCAUGGUUCCUGAGUAACCGUCGUCCAGAGAGGUUGAGGGACGCCCUCAAGGAACUGGAGGAGUUGUUACAGUCCAAUUCCUGUGUUUGUACCAAAUGGAGAACAAAGCAUUGUUGCCAGAUGCUGUUGAGCUCAGGUGUUUUAGUGACUCUCACUCUGAGUGGAGUUCAGUUAGAGAGAGUGGGCAUCGACAAAACACUGGUGGGACGACUACCUGCUGAGACCAUCAGUCACGCGGUGAUCGGUGAACGCUUCCUCCUGCUCUCCCUGGCCGAGAAGAGUCAGGUGUGUCAGGUGUACCUGGGUAGGCGGAGCCAGAGUUCCCCUGAGCUCUCAGCAUGGCGCCCGGAGAAGCUCUCAGCUGCUGAUAUUAAGGUCUCAUCCUUGGAGCUGGCAGGAGGAGGCGGCCGUCGUACAAGCAGGCGCGUGGCACUGAGCCGUGCUCAGGACGUAGGUGUGUGCUGGUGGCAAGCCGGGCAUGACGAAGUGUGGCCUUGGUCACCGGCUCCCAGUGCCUCAGAGCGGGCCAAUAUGGUACUGCUGGGCUUUUCAGAAAGUCCUGGUCUUAUGGUUCUGAGCUCCAUACACACCGGUGGUGAACCUUUGGACUGUUGCUUCAGCCUGACCCAACCCUAUCAGAUACUCACAGUGGAGCUGCACAAGGAGGCCCACAGCUCCACCGCAGAGCUACGUGAUGACCAAAUUCACUCUACCAUUGGGAUGCACGAGGAGGUUCAUGUCACUCAAACGUGUGUGUAUGAGUGUGCUCGUGGACGUUUGCAGCACCUCUCAGCUACAACUGUAUCUCUAUCUUCUGUUCCUGUGUCUUGGUGCCGUGACCCAAGUGAGCGCUGGCUUCUGCUGGGGCUCCAGGACUCCUCUGUGGUGUUGGUCCACAUCGAAACCGGCCUCCAGACUUGUGUUACCUGCCCCAUGCUACCCUCUUUACUGGUCUGGCAUCCUGAUGGAGGCUUGAUUGUGGUGGCCGGGGGACAGGGUGAGCUGCAGUGUUUUGAUUUGGGACUCAGCCCUCUCCAACUGCAGCUCGUAUCCGAGGAGGACGUCGUCGGAACGAGUGGCAAAAGUCUGCAGCUGGCCAGGCAUGUGAGAAUAUCCAGUGGGUUGGAGGGUCUGGAGUGGGCGCACUCACCGGGGUCACAGGGUGCAGAGGGGCUGGAAGUGCACAAUCUCCUGAUGCUCAGGUUCCACAGAGGUCCAGUGGCUGCUAUGAGACUCCGACUAGGUGUACUAAACGGUGGCCAGCUUGGGGCAGGUGAACUCCUGCAGCAUCGCCUGCGCUGUGGAGAGGUGGACGCUGCUCUGAGCAUUCUGGGUAAUAUGGACUGGUGCAUGAUGGGAGCAGACUGCUAUCGUGGUCUCAUCUCAGUGACUGAUCACCUGCUCAGAAAACCACUGGAUGAGCAGACAGAAGCUCAGUUAGAAGCUGCUCUGGGGAUGUUCUACUCUCCGUCCAGAGACUUAACAGACACAGUUAUACUGGAGUAUCGAAAGCCCAUCAGCCGCUAUGCACGGAGAUUCUUUCAUCACCUGCUCAGGCACCAGCGCUUUGAGAAGGCUUUUCUCCUGGCUCUGGACAUCGGCGCUCGGGACCUGUUCAUGGACCUGCAUUUCGUGGCCCGGGACCGCGGCGAGCUCGUGUUGGCCAACGUGGCCCGACGGAAGGCUGAGGAGCUGGAUGCAGAAGCUGAGCCCAAGCCACAGAAGGAUGUGAGUGUCACCCCCGUUAGCACACACACGGAAUGGACCAACCCAAGUAAAGCACACAGGAACACGAGAGUCGACUCCAAGGGAAAGAUGGACAAGGAGAUGGAAGAAGACUUCUCUGAGACACCGAUAAAUCCUGCCAUCUUGUCCUGGACUCAAACAGAACUCACGCUUACUGGCCGCGACGCUCAGGUGCCCAAAGACUCCGAGCAGCUGAAAGUCAUUCAUUUGGGCUCCGUAUGAAUUUUACACACGUCAUCGUACUGUGUGUGUAAAUGUGUAUAUCAGCUGCAGCAUCGUGAUCGAUAACACGACGCUCACUUCUCUCAGGAACUCCACUGACCUUUAUACUUCUGUGGUGAACGUUCUAGAAGCUGUUACAAGAGUUUAGUGCUACAAGGAUUUUGCAAAAAACAAACAAACAAACAAACAAACAAAUAAAUAAAUAAAUAAAUAACAGGAAGGGGGUACGGUGGCUUAGUGGUUAGCACGUUCGCCUCACACCUCCAGUUUUGGCCUCCGCCUUGUGUGUGUGGAGUUUGCAUGUUCUCCCCGUGCCUCGGGGAUUUCCCCCGGGUACUCCGGUUUCCUCCCCCGGUCCAAAGACAUGCAUGAUAGGUUGAUUGGCAUCUCUGGAAAAUUGUCCGUAGUGUGUGUGUGUGUGUGUGAAUGAGAGUGUGUGUGUGCCCUGUGAUGGGUUGGCACUCCGUCCAGGGUGUAUCCUGCCUCGAUGCCCGAUGACGCCUGAGAUAGGCACAGGCUCCCCGUGACCCGAGGUAGUUCGGAUAAGCGGUAGAGAAUGAAUGAAUGAAAAAUAGGAUUGAAGAUAUUUUCAAUAAAUGCAUGUAUUUUUAUUUUUUGUAAAUAAAAGUCUUUGGAAUUGAAA